CGAAUUUUAAUGGUCACAAUAACAUUGUGUUAACACGGGGCAUGCUGGGGUCACUGCUGGUAAAGAAGCCACGUAAAGAGAGUUUCCACACGAGUUGUAAACCUCUGACCUGCGGUUCACGGCUUCAUAGGACAGAUAAUGGGUGGCAUUCUGAGUUAUGUACCCCUGUCUCUGACAACCCAGACUCUCAUGGUUGCCGCUGUGUUUGGAACCACAGCGUACUACAUGUUCAGAAAAAGCUACCGCUUACCUCCUGGUCCGUUCGCUCUUCCACUCAUAGGAAAUGUGUUAUCUUUCAAAGGAACACCUAUGUACCAGAAACUCGCAGAAUGGACCAAAACGUAUGGACCGGUAAUGACCGUAUACUUAGGCCCAAUACGUUGCGUGGCUCUGAACAGUACCGAGGUUGUAUUGGAGGCUCUGGUAACCAAACAGGCGGACUUUGCUGGUCGCCCCCAGACGUAUUCAACCUUGAAGUUCUCGGACGGAGGAAAGAGUAUUGCGCUUGGUGACUAUCACGCCACCUGGCGACUACACCGAAAAUUAGCAACCAAAGCUUUGAGACACUUUAUCAGUGGGAACCAGCUGGAACAGAGAGUGACCGACUCCUUGGCCAAGGUUAUACCUCUGUUGAAAAACGCCAAAGAUCCGAUUAAUCCACACGAAUACAAUACUCUUGUUGGGGUGAACAUACUGUGUGGCGUGUGUUUCGGAGAAACGUAUGAUGUUGAUGAUGCCAUGUUCAAGAAUAUGAUCCACCUGUUUGAUGAGUUUUUAAACAGUUUUGGAAAUGGACUUCUGGAGGAUAUUAUUCCACCAUUACGUCUUUGUCCGACUGGGAAGAUGAAACAGUUAACGAAAGUAAUGGAUGAAUUCUUUGGUUUGAUGGACACGUUUAUUGACGAACACAGGAAGACCUUUUCACCGGAUCACUGCAGAGAUUUUACGGACAGCAUUUUGUUGGCACAGAACGAAGCCAUAGAAGAGGGCGAUGAAUUGACGAAAUCACGGAUAACGGACGAGCACAUUAGGCAAACUGUCGGAGAUAUAUUUGGAGCUGGGAUUGACACGACCCGUUUCACGUUGGACUGGGCAAUGCUGUAUCUAGCUACAUCUCCUGAAGUUCAGUCUAAAGUUCACGAAGAAGUAGACAAAGUUGUGCCUAAAAGCGGCACCAUGUUGUUGUCCUAUCGAAACCAGCUGCCCUACACGGAAGCCGUACUCCACGAGGUUAUGAGAUUGUCUUCUGUUGUGCCUCUGAGUCUGCCUCACUCUACCAUCUGCGACACCAAGAUAGGCGACUAUGACAUCCCACAAGGAACCAUGGUUCUCCUCAACCUAUGGAUGAUGCACCACGACCCAGACAAAUGGACAGACGUCGAGGAUUUCAAACCUGAAAGAUUUUUGGACGAAACUGGCGCCAUGGCACCUAAACCUGACAGCUGGCUGCCUUUCUCGGCGGGACGUAGGGUGUGUCUGGGGGAGUCUGUAGCGAAACCGGAACUGGUGCUACUUCUGGCUGGAUACAUGAGGCAGUUCAAGAUUUCGCUACCAGACGGCGUGAAACCAGAUUUCGAGGCUAUUGGUGGAGGUUUCGUCAGAACGCCAAAACCUUUCAAAGUCGUUUUUGAGGAACGUGACUGAUUUGUAUUUUAUGAGCAUUGAAUAUGGAUUUCGUGACAUUUAUUGUUCACUGAGAGACUAAUAAUGCAUGUGUUACUAUAAUGUGUGCUUUUAAGACAUUUGUACAUUUAAGACACAUAAAAAGAAAUUUGAAUAACUUUAUUCUGAUGGUGUAAACAAGAUUAAUCAUUGUUUACAUAGUCUAGUGCUUUAUAAUCUAGUCUCAGACUUUAACGUCAUGGCAACGCCAUACAAAUUGUAUGCAUGUAUUAGGUAGUUCAGUCUAAGUUCUAAAGUUAUAUAUGUACUGGCCAUGGAGUUGGUAGUCCAUGAAUCAUUUGAGAAAGUGAUCACCCAGAGACGUAUUAUUUGAGUAUUUGGCGUCCUAGGCCACUAAUAUUUUAUGCCCCAUCGUAAUACCAUGUAAUAGGGAAUAACAUGAGGGUAAGCGGGUGGGCGGGUGGAUCUGGCAUAAAGAGUAAUUUCUACUACUUGGUGGAAUUUCAGUGCAGCAUGCAAAACAAAACAAAAGAAUUAUUUUAUUAUGUUUUUGUUGUUUUGGUUUUUUUGCAAGGUUUUGCCACCCCUAAAAUUUGGCGGCCUAGCCCUGGGCUUAGUUGGCCUGUUCACCAAAGUUUAAACCUUUACUACUUUUUUUUUAGGAACAUGACUGAUUAUACAAUGGUUAUUGUCCAUAAAAAAGAUGGAACGAUCAUAAUAGGUUAAUAUUCAUUGUUCCUUGAGAAAAACAAAAUUGUGCAUCCUGGCAACAGACACCAUAGUAUUAUUAUAAUAUAUACGGGUACAAACUCUCUAUAUGAAUAUAUCGAAUUGCAUGUUUAAAAAGUUUUGAUAAAAUUUAGCUUCUUUAGCAUUUGUAAAUCUUUCAAUGAUAUUUUCUCAGAAAUUAUUAAAUGUCUUCUUUUUUUUAUGGGACAUUUUAAUAAUCAGUUACUAGCAAAAUUCAGUGUUAUAUGUUAAAAUAGCUAGGUAUUUCAUUUAGCAGUCUGUAUACAAUGACCUUAGAAUUUUGGUGUAAAAUAACUUAGAUAAAAGUGGCACCUGAUGUGCCGUUUGUAAUACAACAGGUUCAAUGUAAUUAAAUAACUAUACUGAUAA